AUGUCGCGGGUGAUAUUCUUAUUGCUCUGCAGUCUAUCGGCGGUCGCCGCGGUCUUCGAGUGCAGUUCCCACGAGACGACCGCUUUCGUCCGUAUCCCUCGCGCCCGUCUCGACGGAACCCCAGUCGUCAUUUCUACCGCAGGACACGACUUGACAUGCGCCCAAUACUGCAGAAACAACAUCGAGCCAACCACCGGAGCCCAACGUGUGUGCGCCUCGUUCAACUUCGACGGUCGUGAGACGUGCUACUUCUUCGACGACGCUGCCACCCCAGCUGGAACCUCCCAACUCACCGCUAACCCAUCCGCCAACAACUUCUACUAUGAGAAGACCUGUAUUCCAAAUGUGUCUGCUCAUGAGGCCUGUACCUACAGAUCAUUCUCAUUCGAGCGCGCUCGCAACACCCAAUUGGAAGGAUUCGUGAAGAAAUCAGUGACCGUGAAGAACCGUGAGCACUGCUUGUCCGCCUGCUUGAAGGAGAAGGAGUUCGUGUGCAAGUCUGUCAACUUCCACUACGAAAACAGUCUCUGCGAGUUGUCCGUCGAGGAUAAGAGAUCCAAGCCAACCCACGUCCGUAUGUCCGAAGGAGUCGACUACUAUGAUAACAACUGUCUCUCCCGUCAAAACCGUUGUGGACCAUCCGGAGGAAACUUGGUAUUCGUCAAGACCACCAACUUUGAAAUCCGUUAUUACGACCAUACCCAAUCCGUUGAGGCCCAAGAGUCGUAUUGCCUCCAGAAGUGCUUAGAUUCCCUCAACACCUUCUGUCGUUCCGUCGAGUUCAAUCCAAAGGAGAAGAAUUGUAUUGUCUCCGAUGAGGACACGUUCUCGCGUGCCGAUCAACAAGGACAGGUCGUCGGAAAGGACUACUACGAGCCAAUUUGUGUUGCUGCCGAUUUGUCGUCGUCGACAUGUCGUCAACAAGCCGCUUUCGAACGAUUCAUCGGUUCUUCUAUUGAGGGAGAAGUUGUCGCAUCGGCUCAAGGAGUUACCAUCUCGGAUUGUAUAUCUCUUUGCUUCCAGAACCUCAACUGCAAAUCCAUCAACUACGACCGUACCGCCUCUUCCUGCUUCAUCUACGCCGUCGGUCGCCAGGAUGCCAACAUCAAGGCCAACCCAUCAAUGGACUACUACGAGUUCAACUGUGAGUCCCAAUUCGGAGGAAUGGCUCUCUGCACCAACGAGGGAAUCCGAUUCAUCGUCAACACCAAGGAGCCGUACACAGGAGCCAUCUACGCCGCCGAGAGAUUCUCCACCUGCUCCCAAGUCGUCGAGAACGCCAAACAAAUCUCCAUCACUUUCCCACCACCAACUGUCACCUCGGAUUGCGGAACUGUUAUCCGUGACGGAAAGAUGGAGGCUCUUGUUGUUGUCUCUUUGGAUGGUGUCCUCCCACAUCAAGUCACCACUGAAUGGGAUCGAUUCUACCGUGUCUCGUGUGACGUCUCUAUGGAUAAGAUGGUCAAGGAAGGGUCCGUUGUUGUCACCACAAUCUAUGAGGCUUCCUCUCAAAACACCACUGUCUUGGAUGUCGCCACUCCACCACCAGUCACUGCUGAACUCCAAAUCCUUAACCAACUUGAGGAGCCACUUCACAAGGCUUCUAUCGGAGAUCCACUUCUUUUGGUUAUCACUUCUGAGCAAGCUGGACCACACAAUAUGAUGGUGACUGAGUGCACUGCUACUCGUGUCGGAGGAUUCGGAGACACUGUUCCAUUCACCCUCAUUGAGAAUGGAUGCCCAAGAUAUCCAGCUUUGGUUGGACCAGUUGAGCAAGACUUCGACAAGAACCGCCUGAAAUCCGACCUCCGCGCAUUCCGAUUGGAUGGAUCUUACGAUGUCCAAAUUGUGUGCUCCAUCAUGUUCUGUGCCGGACCAAAUGGAUGUCCAGUAUCAAACUGCUUGGAUUCUGGAACCAAUGAGUUGUUCAUGUCACAUGGAAGAAAGAAGAGAUCCGCUGAUAUGGAGGCUGGAGAGACCGAGGAGAAGUUGUCGGCUAUCAUCAGAGUUUUCGCAAAGGGAGAGGAGAAUGAGGAGGAGAUGGAAAUGGGAAAUAACACAAUGAUGACUAGCCUCACCGACGCCACCGACCUUCUCUGCAUUUCGGAGCCAUUCUUCGUCAGCUCCGUCGUCUCGCUCUCAGUUCUUUGCUUUGCUCUUUCUGCCAUUAUUGCCAUCUGGGGAUGCCAUUCACUUCACUCGACACCAGCUAAACAAGUCGCUGCUUAA